AUGCUAUCCAACAUCGAUGAAAAAGAGAAUCUGGCCCGCAUGGAGCGAGGAGAGCUCUAUUACGCUUUCUCUCCAGAAUUAGUUGCCGCGCGCAAACGAUGCGGACGUAUUGUCGGCCAACUUAACCGUGCGGGGGAAUUAUCACGAAGAGAACUGGCCGCAUACUGGAAAGAUAUAACAAAUGACCCCCGACCUCUACCACCUGCGGGAGCAACAGAUGAAGAGGAGGACUCCAUUUUACACGAAUACCCGUGGAUUGAAAGACCCAUUAACAUUGAUUACGGGACCAACAUAAAAGUCGGAAGUGGCGUUUUUAUCAACUUCAACUGUACCAUCCUCGACACAUGCCUCGUGUCAAUCGGAGCACGCACUCUUAUCGGGCCUAACGUGUGCUUCUUCAGCGGCACACACCCAUUAGACCCUGAUUUGCGUGACGGUACCAAUGGACCAGAGCUAGGCCGUCCAAUCACUGUCGGAGAAGAUUGCUGGAUUGCUGGAAAUGUCAUUAUCCUGCCGGGAGUGACAAUUGGUGACGGAUGUACCAUCGGCGCGGGCAGCGUGGUCACAAAGGAUGUUCCGGCUUGUCAUGUUGUGGCUGGAAACCCAGCCAAGAUUCUCCGCAAGAUUGAGCGCAGUGGUAAGUCGAACAACCCCCGGGCCAGUGUGCAAAGCGCAGUCAACGGGUCUUGA